AUGGCAUAGAUAAAUAAGAGAAAAUAAUCAAGAUCUUAUGAAGAUAGCGAAGUAGCAAUUAUAACAUAAGUGAUAGUAUAGGGGGAAGUUGUUUAGGGAAGGUGGACAAAAGAUGAACAUUAAAGAUUUGUAGAAGCACUUAGUAUUCAUGGCAAAAAUUGGAAAAAGGUUGAAGAAUAUGUAAGUACUAGGAGUGGAGCAUAAAUUAGGUAUAAUGUUAUAUUAUAAUUAUUAAGAUCACAUGCAUAAAAGUUUUUUAAUAGAUUAGAAAAAGAAUUUAACAAAUAAUUUAAUGGUCUGAAAAGUUCAGAAAUUAAACAGAUUUUUGAGAAUAAAAUGUUUCAUCAUUAUGCAGAUGUUGAUUAAACUUAAAAAAGAUAAAGGAAUGGUUCUGUUAAUGGUAACAUGAAUAUCUUCUAUUUUUAUUUUUUAGAUAUUUCUGAGGAUGACAAUCAAGGAAAUCAAGAAUCCAUGUAAAUAGAGUCAAAUCAAUAAUAACUUUAAUAAUAGCAAUAAUAGAUUAAAACACAGUUACAAUCAGGUAUUUUAGAUCUAAAUCUGCCUGAUACUUGUUUUAAUCAAAAUAAAUAGGAUUAAAUCACUAAAUAUUAAUAAUAAUAAAACAAGCUGCAAAAGAAAAUACAAGAUAUAACUGAUAGAAAUUAUUCUGAAGAAUUAAUAAAAGAAAUCUGUGAAUUGCGUAAAGAAAAGGAAUAAAUUAUUACUAUUUAAUAAAUUCAAAACGCUUAUUAAUCUAUUGCUGAAGUCAAUUAAAUUGAAUCAAUGCAAAUUUCUAAAUAAAUACAACAACAAGAAGUGUUCCCUCCUUAGAAGAUCAAUAAUUAAUAGAAUGAAGAAUCAAGACCUGGGACUGAUGAAUCAUUCUUUCAUUUUAUUAUGUAUUGUAUACUUUCUAAGAUUAGGGCGAGAAAUAAAAAAUAUAUCAAUAAUAGAAAAUUGAGUCUUUCUGAUUUGAUUGAUGUACCUAUCAUUGAUGAGAAAUCACUUUAAUCAGAAUAAGUAGAGUAAAAAUAACCAUAAUAAUAAGAGAAUGAAGGAUAAAGGAGUAGAAAAUAAUCAUUCACUUUUUAUAACGAUUAAGUUGAAGAUAAUGAACUUAGAUAUUAGACACUUAAAAAAAUUAAAAAAGAAUUAUGA